CACACACUUUUCUUCCUAUUUUUCUUUCUGCAUAAUUAAUUACACGCCGAAGACAAAAGAACUCGCCCAAAUUCCAUUUGCUGCAAUUCGCCCUUCACUCCAACACUCACAAAUAUCAAGCUUAAAUUCCUUUGGAUCCCCAAAAAUCCCAAUUUAUUAAUCAGUGAAGGAAUCUUGAAGGAAGGGCGAACCAGUUGUAGUGAGCUGUGAGCGCCAUUGUCGUCGCUACAGAUAAGUUGACAGUUGAAAUAUGGAUCUUUUGGUGGUAACAUUAUUUCUAGGUUUUGUAUUAUGCGUGUUAAUUGUUGCGCCUCGUAUUCGUAAAUCUGAUGAUGGGAAACUGGGAAAAUCUCAUGUCAGUGCCAAGGUUUAUGAUGUCACCUCUUAUAUAGAAGAACACCCCGGUGGUGAUGCCAUCCUGGCACAUGCUGGCGAUGAUUCUACUGAAGAAUCAAGAGCAAUUACUCAGUACAUUGCACGCGCGUACACCAACAAGGGCGAACCACUCAUACCCACCGACCCCCACAAGAUGGCCAUUGUCUCCGUUUGGACAGAAGUCGAGUCGCAAAAAUUUGAGGUUGUAGCCUCCAAGCUUUCAUACGAGCUCGUCAUAAAACCCAAGAUAGGCCUGGUCACUGACCCUGGUGUAGUGCACCAGCACCAGGAGAAACUAGCUCCGGUUCUCGAUAUAUAUGAGUCUCGUUUGUCGCGGUCCAAGUAUUUGGGCGGAGACGAGUUUAGCCUGGCGGACUUGCAUCACAUCCCCAUUGUGUACUAUCUGUUGGGGACUGAGAUUAAGGCCCUGUUUGAUGCUAGGCCCAAAGUCAGCGCGUGGUGUGACGAUAUAUUGGGCCGGCCCAGUUGGCAGAAGGUUGUGCAGGCUAUGAAGAUCUGA